AUGCGAAUCUACGAAGAUGUGGCAGUAAAUGAACGAUCGCCAACGUCGACAUUGACGACUGAGAUGUGCGCUUCAUCGCCCACCUCAAGCAUUGGCACUCAAUGUCCCAUCUAUGAGAAUGUGGCCGACUUUGCUCCAUUGGCUACGCGAAGCAUUGGAUCCAAUUCGCCACAGUUUGAGCGAUCACCAAGAUUGAAUAUAGACUUCAUCAACCAUAUCCCACCACCUCCACUAACGGGCAGUGAUUUGGACAAAGGUUCUUUGGAUUAUGGGUCCAGGUGGGUUUAG